AUGGCUGACACGUGUGCUAUGUCAAGCCCCUUCCCCACAGGAAGAAACACCGAACGUACAAGACGACGCGAACCUUCUUCCACAACACUCCGCCAUCGAAAACCCGUCGAAGCAAUGGUACUGUUGCUCGAGUGGCUCGCGUUCUUGCAUAUCAGCACUGCGCCUUUGUUACUGAGCUUGGCAAGCCUCAGCACUCUUGAGAAGUUGGAGCGCCUGGAGUCCACCACCAUGAAGUCUAUCCCCGUCAACCGCUCCAUCACCUCCUCCGCCUCCCCCACCACGAUCUCCGGCCACAUCCCCGCCUCCCCCAUCCUCUCCGCGUAUUCCAACCUCGACCUCUCGUCCGGCACCACGCACACGUGCCUCCCGCACGUGUGA